GUAUUAUCCAAUAAACAAGUAACACUAGUUAAGAUACUCUUCAACGCUAGCAUCAAUUUAACCCUUCUUGCUCGCGAUAAUGCGGAUCAUCAUCGCAGGAGCUACAGGCUUCGUAGGGGGCGCCGUGGUUCGGCAGGCGAUUGCCAACGAGAGAAUCACGCACGCUUUCGUUUUAACGCGCAAGCCGCUCCCUGAGGAUAUUGCCAAAAGCCCCAAAGUCACGAUUAUCCAGCACAACGAUUUCUCCGCCUACCCUCCUGAGCUGCUGGAACAACUUGCUGAGGCAGAGGGCUGUGUCUGGGCCAUCGGCGGGCGCGCCACACAAUUCCCCGACGUGGAAACGGCACGGAAGGUCUCGGUAGACUACGCGCUCGCAGCCGCAAGAGCCUUCAUCGCAGGGCUGGCGCCGAAACUGCCCGAGUCUCAAAAAUUUCGGUUCGUGUUCUGCAGCGGCAAGUUCGCCGAGUGGGACCAGGAGAAGAGUUUGCUUUGGCUGAAGGAUACCAGGCGCAUCAAGGGACAAGUAGAGAAGGGCCUCUGCGAUCUCGCGGAUGCCAACAAGGACAAGUUUGAAGUGUGGGCAGUACGACCGGCCGCUAUCCUGAAGAAGUACGCGGGCCUGCUAGAUACGUUCACUGCUAACACGGGGGGGUUCAUUGAUGUGGAUAAGCUAGCGAAAGCGAUGCUGAAGAUCGCGCUGGAUGGCUACGCGGACAGGAUUGUUGAGGCAGAUGCGCUGGUGAAGAUCUAACUUACCUAACCUUUUCGCAAAGUGUAUGACUGGCUGGCUAGGGCGAAUGAUAUAUCAAGGUCGUGAGGUGUUUUUAUUUACGUAUGUAUGUCAACAAGUAUGGUAAUGGUAAUGCUCUCCUAGUGGGCGGCGGCGGCGCUCGGUCAACUUGCUGGGAAAUCAUCGUUGCUUGAUGCAAAAAGAGUUCAUAUUAAUCAAAUGGCGGUAUGGCAUAUCCUACGGAGUGAACAUACGAAACAAGUGCCUACCUACGUAGGUAGAUGUGGGAAGUCGUUUCUAAAAGGCGUCUGAACUAACAAAUGUAUGCCUACAAAGCUACGGGCUUCCACAGAGGCACAGGCGGCGAAGCUAGCUUACACUACCAUAGGUAAUGCUAAAAGCCUCUAAGAGCCCUAUGGGAUUACAAGACUCCACCUGGAACCUGGAGCCGUACAUUGGAAAGACGGGAGAUCAGCAAUAGAACUGGAGCCCGAGCUAUGGGGGCGAUAUGGGUCUUCAUAUAGAUUUGAAUAGCCUCAUGUGUAGUGUAGUAGAU